AGUGCUAAGUGCAAAUAGCGAGCUUUACCAAAAUAUGGUAAUUACGGAAAAGCACCCAUUAAAAAAGGCCAAUGACAAGAAAGAAAACGGGAAUAAAGCGGAACAAGACACCCAGCAACGUGGUGAGUGCGAGCGAGAGGCAGAAACAUUUCUGCCAACACCAACAACAACUAUAACAACAAUAACGGCACACAUGCCAAAGAACCGGCGUCGCAGCAGCAUUAGCAGCAACAAAAACAAAAAUAAUAAUAACAACAACAAUCCUUGUGGGGCGUAACAACAACAAAGAGAACAAGAAAAUCAUACGAUUCUCGCUGCCGCCAGCAAAAAAAACGUUGACGUAGGCAGAGACGUCGACGUCGGCAGAUAAAAUAAAAUGAGAAGGAAAAAGCAGUAUAAAAAAGGAGGAAGAACAGCAAAAACAAUAACAAUGCGAAAAAGAACAAGAAUAUUGAACCAAUGUAACGGCAAAUGCAUGUCAAGUGCAAUACGAAGGAGAGAGAUGGGCGAGAGAAAGCUCUCUCUUUCUCUUCGGCUCACACUCUCUCCACUGGAGAUCGCCAGGGGCGGAUGAGGGGUAAAAUUAAGCAGAAUGAUAGUUUGUUUUCUUAAUUUUCAUGAGAUUUUUAAGGAGGAAAUCCUUUAAUAAUAUUUUAUGGUUAUUUAACUGUUACAAUGGUGUGAUACAAUCAAAAUCCCCCUUUGGAUGCGCACCUGGAGAUCGCACAUGUGCCUGAUUUGCAUGAAUGGAAGAGAGAGAUGACGAGAGGGCGAAGAAACAGUAGCGGAGGAAAAGGAGCAGCAGGGGAG